CACCCUAUCAGAAGAAUAAACAUCGUCGCGCGCUUAUAAGCAGCUCCGCUCGCAACAGAAGUGCGAGAGUCGCCCUGUCAGGGCCAAAGUAGUUGUCAUACCAGCGACUCCAGCGAGGAUCUUGACCUCCCUUUCAACCGCCAAAGCGAGUAACAUCUAGUUGAGUCGUUCCCAACGUCUUCCCUCCAAACGCUACAAACCCCAAUACUGCGCCGCUUUUUUAUGCGAAAAUGCUACAUGCCUGGCCACCUCCAUCACCCCUCACCAACAACGACCACCAUGUCCGCCCACCAAGACCCUCAGACCGCAGCACGUCUGCGUCAAUGUCGAAUGCCAUCCGCAGCCUGGUAGAGCAGUUCUCGAAUCAGGCAAUCUCCGCACAGCAGCAGGCGGCAUCAACCAAGAUUCUCUCCCGCUCACCAGCUUCCGCUCCGCAACUGCCCACAUUGGUCCUCAACGAUGGGACAGUUCCGAUGCGUGGGGACGGCGAUUUAGGGAUAGUCUUGAACGCGGGGAGAAUCGGAGACACACCACGUCCUAGGUCAGCGACGGAGCCGACGUUCCUUAUUCCACCCACCUCCCAGACCCAUGCUGGACAAGCAGUCCACACAGCCCCAGCAGCGGAAUCCCCAACCUCCCUCACACCCCGUCUCCCGACCACCCUCCACCCGCCAUCCACCACCGCCGAACCCACAGCCACCCGCCGCAACUCCCGCUCCCUCACCCCGCAAAACUGGUACACCACCUCCGGCACCCCAGGCUACAAAGGCCACCGUCGUGUCAGCGGUCACGGCCACGGGCACGGUAAGCACCAUGGCAGACGGGAACGCCCUCAAGAGGAAGAAACCCUGAACCCUUUCCAGCUGUUGGAGCGUAGUGGCGCUGUGCGCAGACGAAGGGGACGGGCUUGUGUGCGGGAUACGGACGUGACGUGGGGUGUGGGUGGUCGGCACAGGAAGGGGGAUGAUGCGCAAAUGCAAACGCAAACGCAAACGCAACAAGCCCUCGUCGUCUCACCCAAACCCUCCUCCCCUCCUUCUAUUCCGAUCCGUGUCCGAAGCCUCAUCGAGACAAUUGAGGAGCGCACGGGUGGGUUCAAGCGGUCGAACUCCACGGUGAGGCUUGAGGAUGCGCGGGAGGUGCAUGCCGGUGUGGAAGGUGACAGUGUGGCGGAGGGAUUGAAUGAAGCGAUGGAUGUGCCGUCUCUGCCGCCGCUGCCGCACCCGCCGUUGGGUAGCGCUUCCUCGUCUUGUGCGAAUCUUACGCAUAUCACCGCCCCGCCAACCCACUCGACCAGCACCGACCCGCCUGCCACAUCCAGCAUGCAAUCAUCCCACACAACCACCAACGGAACGCAUGGCAUCUCGGAACCAGCGACAAAUUCGACCACCCCCACAAUCCCGUUCGCGACGUUAUUAAGACAUUGGCGCACAAUCGACGGCGGCCACGGCGUCGAUGUCUCGCAUGAGCAGCGGCCGGUGACGGAGCAUGACCAUGGGUUCACUGGUAAGUCAUCAAACCUCCCGAAUUCACACCGCGCACGUUACAUCCGGACUAACAUCUGUUGUGAUCUUUUUAGUGAUCAGCCACCCACCCAUGGAAAUCAACCACAGCACCAUCCACGAGCUCAACCUGCACUGUCGGGAUUGCAAGUCGAUGUUUUUGUUCAGGGCUGCGCAUGAUUGUCUGCACACGCCUUCCCCACAACUAUCACCAGCUGGUGGGGGUGUGAGGGAUGUCCUGAUCGAGCGAUGUGAUCAUGGGCACGGAGAGACGGAGAGAGGGCAGGAGGAGGGGAUGGGGUUGGAGUGGUUGCGG